UUAUUAUAACCUUUAUGUUAUGAUUGAUGCAGAGUUAUUUAAUAAUUUAAAAUAUAUUUAAGUAGUGAAAAAUGAAUAAACUAACUUCAUAUACGAUAAAAGAAAUACACAAAACAUAUCGUGACAAAAUCCUAACUCCUAUCAGCUUUGUUGAUUUAUGUUUGCAAAAGGCGAGACAAACGAGUAGAUUAAAUGCAAUAGUGACUAUAACAGAAGAUGUUGCGGAAACUCAGAGCAUUGAAAGUGAAAAGAGGUUUUAUAUUGAGAAAAAUAUAAAACCUCUUGAUGGAAUCACAAUAGCUAUUAAGGAUAAUUUUUGCACCAAAAAUAUACCUACAACUUGCGCGUCAGAAAUGUUAAAAGACUUUAUACCAACUUACGAUGCAACAGUAUACUCUAAAUUAAUAAACGAUGGAGCUUGUUUAAUUGGUAAGAGUAAUUUGGAUGAAUUUGCUAUGGGAUCUGGUACAGUAGAUUCAAUUUUUGGCCCAACUCGAAAUGCUUGGGGAUACAACGGUGACACAGAUUGGAGAAUAGCCGGUGGCAGUUCCGGAGGAAGUGCCGUAGCUGUGAGCACUGGGGUCUGUGUUGCUGCCAUUGGUUCUGAUACUGGAGGAUCAACACGAAACCCAGCAGCUUUAUGUGGUGUUGUUGGAAUCAAACCUACAUAUGGUCUAGUAUCGAGAUAUGGUCUCAUACCUUUAGUGAAUUCAAUGGAUGUACCGGGAAUACUUGCAAGAAAUGUUGAUGAUGCAACUACAGUUUUAAAUUGUAUUGCCGGACCUGAUAAAUUGGAUUCAACAACAAUAAAAAGAGAUUUCAAACCAAUAGAACUGAAAGAUAUUGAUUUAUCAAACGUAAAGAUUGGAAUACCAACUGAAUAUCUUUGCAACGGUAUGAGUAAAGAAGUUAUUGAUACAUGGAAGUUUGUGGAAGAUUUACUUGAAAAAGAAAAGGCUAUAAUGAAAACAGUAUCAUUGCCUCAUACGUCAGUGUCUAUAGCCGUUUAUUCUAUAUUAAAUCAGUGUGAAGUUGCAAGUAACAUGGCACGGUAUGAUGGUUUAGAAUUUGGUUUAAGGACGAAUGAAGAUUAUUCAACCGAAGAACUGUACGCUUCAUCGAGAUCCCGAGGCUUCAAUAAUGUAGUCAGAUCACGUAUAUUUGCUGGGAAUUAUUUCUUACUGACACGGAAUUAUGAAAAAUAUUUCCUCAAAGCUUUAAAGUUACGUAGACUGAUAGCUGAUGAUUUCAAAAAUGUUUUUAAUGGUGAAAAUAGUGUUGACAUACUGCUUACGCCUACUACUCUAUGUGAUGCACCAUUGUAUGGUGACUUCGUAUCGAAACAUAACAGAGAUCAGUGUGCAUUUCAAGAUUAUUGUACACAACCAGCCAACAUGGCUGGGAUACCAGCAGUUUCGAUACCUAUACGUUUGUCGAAAAAUAAAUUGCCAAUUUCGUUGCAGUUGAUGGGACCGAAUCUGUCUGAAGAGUUAUUGUUAAAUGUUGCUAAAAGAAUAGAAAGUCUUGUUAAUUUUCCUACUCUAGAAUCUGCAAAUUAGACUGUUCUAAUACAACACAUUGAUUUUAU